UCAGUAGUUGGUUAAUACAAGAAUCAACAUGUUGAAGUUUGUCGUUCUAUUGUGUGCUGUUGCCUGUGCUUUGGGUGCUGCCGUGCCUGAGGGUAUGCUCCCUCAAUUGGAUGGUCGCAUUGUUGGCGGUGCUGCUACCACCAUCAGCUCCUUCCCCUGGCAAAUCUCCCUCCAACGUAGUGGUUCUCACUCUUGCGGUGGUUCCAUCUACAGCUCCAAGAUCAUUGUCACAGCUGCUCACUGCUUGCAAUCUGUCUCUGCUUCUGUGUUGAAGGUUCGUGCUGGCUCUUCCUACUGGAAUUCCGGUGGUGUUUUGGUCAGUGUUGCUGCCUUCAAAAAUCACGAAGGUUACAACUCCAAAACCAUGAUUAACGAUAUUGCUGUCAUCCGUUUGAGCUCUUCCUUGACCACUUCUUCCACCAUUAAGUCCAUCGGUUUGGCUUCAACUGCUCCUGCUAACGGCGCUUCUGCUACCGUUUCCGGUUGGGGUACCACUUCCUCUGGAGGUAGCAUUCCCGCUCAAUUGAGAUAUGUUGACCUUAAGAUUGUUGGCCGCACCCAAUGUGCUUCUUCCACCUACGGUUAUGGCUCUGAAAUCAAGUCCAGCAUGAUCUGUGCCUACACUGUCGGCAAGGACUCUUGCCAAGGUGAUUCUGGUGGUCCAUUGGUCUCUGGUGGUGUCUUGGCUGGUGUUGUAUCUUGGGGCUACGGUUGCGCCUACGCCAACUACCCUGGAGUCUAUGCUGAUGUUGCUGCUCUCCGCUCCUGGGUUGUCAGUGCUGCAUCCUCUGUUUAAAUUUUAUUUAAAUAAAAUACUGAUUGAAU